GAGCCCGCUCCGACCCCGCAGCGCUGCGGCCUGACUCCACCCCCAGGGAGCUGCUGCCUCAGCCGGGCACAAUGACAGCGCCGUCCCCCAACCUCUCGUGCCACCACCACUCCAUCGACGACUUCCGCAACAGCGUCUACUCCACGCUCUACUCCAUGAUCAGCAUCAUGGGCUUCGUGGGGAACGGCGUGGUGCUGUACGUGCUGAUCCGCACGUACCAGCAGAAAACGGCCUUCCAGGUCUACAUGCUCAACCUGGCCCUGUCCGACUUCCUGUGCGUGCUGACCCUGCCCCUGCGCGUCAUCUACUACGUGCACAAGGGCCACUGGUUCUUCAGCGACUUCCUGUGCCGCCUCUCGUCCUACGCGCUCUACGUCAACCUCUACUGCAGCAUCUUCUUCAUGACGGCCAUGAGCUUCUUCCGCUGCAUCGCCAUCGUCUUCCCGGUCCGCAACAUCAGCCUGGUGUCGGAGAAGAAGGCGAAGCUCGUGUGCGUUGGCAUCUGGGUGUUCGUCACGCUGACGAGCGCGCCCUUCCUGCGCAACGGGACCUACCAGCACGGCAACAAGACCAAGUGCUUCGAGCCGCCGGAGAACUCCCAGAAGACAAACCUGGUGGUGAUCCUGGACCUCAUCGCCCUCUUCGUGGGCUUCAUCUUCCCCUUCAUCGUCAUCACCAUCUGCUACACCAUGAUCAUCCGCACCCUGCUGCGGAACUCCCUGCGGAAGAACGAGGCCAACCGCCGCAAGGCCGUGUGGAUGAUCGUCAUCGUCACCGCCACCUUCCUGGUGAGCUUCACGCCCUACCACGUCCUGCGCACGGUGCACCUGCACGCGCUGCGCCUGCGGGGCCCCGGCUGCGGGGACACCCUCUUCCUGCAGAAAGCCGUCAUCGUCACCCUGCCCCUGGCAGCCGCCAACUGCUGCUUUGACCCCCUCCUCUACUUCUUCUCCGGGGGGAACUUCCGGCAGAGACUCACCACGCUGAGGAAGGCGUCCUCCUCCAGCUUGUCGCAAGCCUUCAGGAAAAAGAUCUCCGUGAAGGACAAGGAUGAGGAACCCUUUGGAGAAAGCCAGAGGGAGAAUGGAAGGGCGGCUGUGGCUCCUUUGUGAGGAGGCUAAACUUUCCCCUCAGAGCUCUGGUGGGUGAUGGAGAUCUCCGAACUCUUUCAGAAGAUGGGAUGGAGGCUUUCAAGCCUUCGUUGCAGUUAAAUAACUGUGGGCAGUCCCUGGUGUGUGGUACUUGGCGGCAGAGCCUCUGCUGGGGUUGGGCAGAUCCUGGGACCCCCAGAGCCCUGUAGGACAGAGCAGCCACCACCAGCAGACUGUGGAGCUGCUGCUGCUGAACUCCCCAAACCCCUUCCAAGGCUGUAUUUGGGCAUUUGCUUCGUUCCACAGCUUUCCAAGAGCGUUAAUUCCCCGAGCCAGCAGGAAAUGUAAACAAAGCUUGCGGCGCGUGGGGAGCUCCUGUCAAACAGCGAGGGCAGAGUUUUCACUGGAUCUUCAAACAGCCGCCAAGUUAUUUAUGCAGCGAAGCCGUGAUAAUUCCUGCCCUGCUCCCAGCUGCCUCUGGGUUUCAGUUUCUGUGAUCAUUAUGUGUGUUUCAGGCUUCCAGGGCUGUGCCUGGGCUGCAAAUCAGGGUGGGCCCCUCUCCCACCCCCACGAAGUAGCUCGAGAUGCUUUGGUGGGCAGUAGAUUUGCCAGUAUUUUCCCAAUUUCUAGAAAAAUCCAUGGGACCUGUUGUAACAUUUCAGUAUCCUACUGUGCAGGAUAACUUGGGGAUAAGAGGGAAACUUACUUCAGUGGGACUGGUCCUGGAGUGAUGGCUGCAGGAUUCAGAACAUCACUGUGGUUUUUGGGGAUAUUUUAGGUAGAAGUGGAGCUCUGUGUGCUCAGAGUCAGUUUUGCCUUUCUCAGCUAUUGGCCAAGGGUGUUAGAUUAAUAAGAAAUAGAAACAAAGCUCUCUAGGAUGUUUGAUCCUGUUCCAGAGUGUUCACCUCAUCCACACCCAACAGCUAAGAGGCAACAUGAGGCCCUUAGAAAGAUAUUUAGGAAGAGCUUGAGAUGUAAAAUCUGAGUUUGGAUGAGAUGUGAUGCUGCAAAAAUAUUGGGCUGUGUUUCUCCUGUAAAGAAAGACUUCAAACUCUUGGAUGGAGAAAAAACAUUCCUGUACUUUUCCAGGGGAUCUGCAGGAAGGUAGCUCCAGCUCUGCUGGAGCACAGCCCAGCUGGAGAUGUGCAAUACAUCCCGAGAAAAAUAAAAAUUCUUGUAGGAUUAAAUUUCUCAGUUGGAGAAGGAGUUGAUAAAUGAAAAGCAAGUGUGUUUGGAUAUGGUAUUUAUGAAAUUACUCAAUGUUAUCUUGAAUAAAGAAAACAGUUUUAGUAGUGAAGAAUAACAGUGAGCAAAAAGAGUUUGGCUUGGACAGGCAUCUUCUGGAGAUAUUCUGUACAGAUAAUUAGAAUGUGAAUUCUCUCCUUGCACCACAGCCUUGGCUCAGCAAACGGCACUUAAAAAACCAAAAUUCACCUGCAGGAAAAAUGAUGGAUGUGCAUUUCCAAGGAGAUCUGAAAUUCCUUUCUUAAAUUUGAAGGAUAAUGCAGCAGAGGGCUGAAAGCUGCUGCUGUUAGAGAUCCCAUAAACCCCCAAAUUAGCAGAGCCAAGAGUUCAAAGCCAUAACUGCAAAUUGUUCAGGGGCAAAAAAAAAAAAAAGGGUGAAUCGGCUAAAACUCAUUUUCAAGAGUCAGCACUGAGCAUGCCACUUGUGUCUCCAGGCUUUAAAGGCAUUGUGACACUGUGAAUAAAAAACCUCAUGGAUUUUAUUCAGAAUAUGCAGGAAUAGCAUGCCCAUUCCCAAAGUUUGAAAUUUUGUACAGUAAAGCUGUGUGUGUAUAUAUAUAUGUAUAUAUUGCAAAGCAAUUUUUAUUGUACCAGAGGUAUUUUUUAACCUUUUGCCUUUUUUAUUUGAAUGAGACAAUGUUAGUGACAAAGGAAAUGGCAGCUUUUUUUUUCUUUUUCUAUUUUUUUUUUUUUUUUUUUUUUUGUGCAAUAGGAAAACCUGCCUUAAAAAACUUUACUGAAA